AUUGCGUGGUUUGCGUUUGACAUCUGCGCAAUUCUCACGCUCGCACGGACGAAAAAUCAAAACAAUCAAUAUGGCGGACCCGAGCAACGAAGCUGCAUCGUCGAGUAGCGUCGCGGAGCAAGCCCCUUCGGCUACUCCCAUUCGCGACGACCUCGAGAAGCUAGAGGACUUCCUCGAGCCCGAUAAAAAGCGUCGAAAGGUGUCAAGGACCGAUGGGAAAACCGAGCAAAAGCUGGAGCACCGCCUGGGCGGCAUCCUCUGCUGCGCAGUUUGCCUCGAUUUACCGAAGGCGGCUGUCUAUCAGUGUACAAAUGGACACUUGAUGUGUGCCGGUUGCUUCACUCAUGUCCUCGCAGAUGCCAGGCUGAGAGAUGAAAUGGCAACGUGUCCCAACUGCAGAAUCGAGAUCAGCAGAACAUCGCCAUCUCGAAAUUUGGCAGUCGAAAAAGCGGUGUCCGAGUUGCCAGCGGAAUGUCAGUACUGUGCGAAAGAGUUUCCACGGAAUUCGUUGGAACGCCACGAAGAAACCAUGUGCGACGAAAGAAUAUCCAGCUGCAAGUACAGCAGAAUCGGCUGCCCCUGGCGCGGACCCAACCACGAAGGUCCAGAACACGAAGCACAUUGCGUACAUCCUCAUCGUACUGGUCUGGAUGUAAUGGAAGCCUUGCGCGACAUAGACGAACGCUCUCUCGAAGAACGUAGACUGUAUGACAAUGUCUUUGAUCUUUUGUCCUACGAGAAAAUCACAUUCAACGAUUUACAAAUGAAGCCGUAUCGUACGGACGAGUUCGUCCAUAAACUAUUUUACGAAACUUCUCGGUUUUCGGCGUUUAAUAAUCAAUGGGUAGUAAAAGCGAGGAUCAACAACAGUCAACGUGAUCCUACUCAAAGCUCGGAAAGGGACAUGACUUAUCAACUGAUUUUAAAAACAAAAACGACGUGUCCAUUACCUCUUCAUUAUUUGAUAUUGAAAGGACCGUUCGGGGACAUGAAAGUACAACCGAGGAUUCAUAGAUUCGAAUUCACCGACCAAGAGAACGAAAGUCCUUAUUUACCGUUACCUUUACCUGAUACGGCAGAGUGCAAUAGACUUCUUGCUGCGAGAGCUAUUAGUUUCAGACUAAUCAUGUUCCUGGCAUCCAAGUAGUUUCACACAGCGAUUACUGUCGUCAAAACUUUAUGACAAACGAAUUAUUGACACAACUCUUUAGAUUUAACAGCGAUAAGAGCAUAGAUCACAGAGAUUUAUAAUCACUUAUAGUAGCGAUAACCGUAACGAUAAUAAAAAAUAAAGACGCUAAUUCUGCUGUAGUCUAUACACGUAUACACUAAUAUACAUCACGCUGAGCUACAUGGCAUCGUUGGCCAACGUUUCAUCGAAUUAACGAUCGACGAUCAAUUCGUCUAACGUUAACCGCGAUUAACGCCCAACUCUGCUACAUAGUGUCGGCGUAGAAGUAUAACAAAUAACACGCAGACACUUGAAAAAGUAACGUUUGAUUUUCUUCGAAUUUCUUUCAGAUAUUUUGCUGACUCUGAGCUAAAAUAAGCGAACGAUGCUUUACGCAUAACAUUGCUGUUAGACAAGCGCGUUGAAUUGUGUCCAUAGACGCAUCCUAGUUUGCACAAACAGAUUACAUUUUCGAAUAGCCGUGCCGCCGAUCGGGCACCGAUUUAACUCGCUUGCCUUUCAACGAAAGCCUAGUACAGAUUCUUCUAUUUAUAUAUAAAUUACAUGUCAUCAAUGUAAAAUUCCGAAUCGACACAUUGUAAUAGACGAAAUUUAAAAUAAAUUUAUUAUAAUUA